AUGAAUUUUCUUUCUGUGAAUAUUAGAGGGUUAGGGGGUAGCUGUAAACCUGGUUGGAUUAAGGAUCUCAGACGUGCUUACGGUAUCAACUUUGUGGCUAUUCAAGAAUCGAAGCAGAGUAUGGUUUCUGUCUCAGAGUUAAAAAAGUUUUGGGGUUCUGGUUCUUUCGGUAUGGAAGUGGUUGAUUCGGUUGGUCUCUCGGGGGGUCUUAUUUGCUUGUGGGACGAUCAGUUGUUUAAGGUCAGAAGUUCGGCCAAGAACAGAAACUUCAUCCACAUCAAAGGUGAGUUGGUGGGUAGCGGAGUUAUCCUGAACUUUUUGAAUGUGUACGCUCCUCAAGGUGUCUCGGCUAAGGGUGACUUAUGGAAUUUAUUGGCUGAUAUCAUCAAUUGUAACAGCGGUCAGUGGGUCCUCGGGGGUGAUUUCAAUGCGGUUCGCUUCAGGGAAGAGAGGAGGAACUGCUCAUUUAAGCCAACCUGUGCCAGUAGCUUCAAUUCUUUUAUUUUCAACGUCGGGCUUCGGGAAUAUCAUUUGAGAGGUAGAGCCUUUACCUGGCAAUCUGAUAAUGGGAAAAAAAACUUAGUAAAUUAG